AUGGCCAUGGCAAUCGGUCGUGCCUUCACCAAGCGCACCAAGCGCCCUGAAAUUUCGACUCCCAUGCCCUAUCGCGAAGGCGCUGUCAAGUACUCGACCGGCACCAUCCGUCGUGGCCAAAUCUCCGGUCCCGUGGAACUUUUGUCUGCCACCAACCCACUCGUCUACAACGCCCCCGAUUUGAACGGCCUGUCGUCAUCCUCGUCGGCGUCUUCCCUCCGGUCGAGCAACGACAGCGACUUGACUCCUACAACGCCUGCCACUCCGCCAUCUGAGUCUCUCCCAGGCCCCAACCAUCUGUCAGGCUACUUUCCCAAGAGAUCUGCAACAAUCUCCAGUACGGCUCGCUCGUCGACAUCGUCUACGGGCGCCGAUGCGCCCAAUGUGCCCAAGCGCGCGCUUUCGCACACCAAGAAGUCGCAUCAGGAUCUCGCUCGCCAGCGCUCCGUAUCGCGGCUCUCUCCUCCGCCAACUUCUAUGCACGCGCCUGCUUCCCGCCGCCCUGCUCAAGAUGUCUUUGCACCUGUUCCUGAAUCGGCCGAGCAUCCUUUCAGCCGUGAACUGGACAAGGUUAACGAGGUUGCCGAAGACUUUGGCGCCUUGCGUGUUCUAGAUGAGGAAGAGCAGAUUCUUCUCAGCCGAGGCCUAAAGAAAUUCACAGUGGACGACUACCUCUGUGAGAUUGAGGAACUUUAUGGAGGUGUAUUCGAUGACCAUUUAGGGCCUCUGGCGUCCAAUGCCUGGCUCUAA